AUGAUCCCGCCGGGGCUGGCAGAGCCUGGCUGCCCGCACCGGCAUCCUGGAGCUCCGGAGCUGCUCUUUUUGGCUUCUAAACCGGAAAUUGGGACAAGCGCGCGGGGUCAGGCAGAGGGGAAGCGGAGCUGGCGGAGAGCUGGGGCUGCUCCGGAGCUGCUGGCUCCUCCGGGGUUUGGAGUCCCAAAAAGGGUCCGUGGGCUUCCCGAGUGGGGAGGUGCCCCCUGUGCCCGGCGCUGCCCGCUGACCCCCGCAGAGCCCCGACAAGCCAUGGAGGGAGAGCCCACCCUGCGCCUCCGGAUCUUCAACCUCAACUGCUGGGCCAUCCGCUACCUGAGCAAGCGGCGGCAGCAGCGCGUGCGGCUCAUCGGGGACACGCUGCGCCAGGAGGGCUUUGACCUGGUGCUGCUGCAGGAGGUGUGGAGCGAGCAGGACUACAGUGAGCUGAAGGUGAAACUUGCAGGCUGUUAUCCCUUCUCCCAUUAUUUCCGCAGCGGGGUGAUCGGCAGCGGCCUCUGCGUCUUCUCCAGGUUCCCCAUUCUGGACACACUCCUCUACCAGUACUCACUGAACGGGUACCCCUACAUGCUCCAGCACGGGGACUGGUUCUGCGGCAAGUCCGUCGGUCUCGUCGUUAUGAAGAUCUCAGGGAUCAUCUUCAACGUCUACGUCACCCACCUGCACGCUGAGUACUGCCGGGACAAGGACGCCUACCUGCCCCACCGCCUGGUGCAGGCCUGGGAGCUGGCACAGUUCAUCAGGAAUAAGGUGGAGGAGCACUGGGCAGGUCCCAGUCACUCCAGUUGGGUUCCAGGCAGGGCAGGGAAGGACAGCCACCCCUGUCCCCACAGACACACCUCAAAAGCAGCAGAUGUGGUGCUGCUGGGAGGGGACCUGAACAUGCACCCUGAAGAUGUGGGCAUCCGGCUGCUGCGUGGCUGGACGGGGCUGCAGGACGCCUUUGCUGAGGCCAUGCACUUUGAGGGCUGUAAGAACGGCUGCACCCUUGUCCCUGACAACUGCUUCACUGACAAGUCAGAGCUGCUGCCCUUCCCGCUGGGCAUCCGCAUUGACUACAUCCUCUACAAGGCCAUCUCCAGCUUCACGGUGAAGUGUGAGGAGCUGAAGACCACCACGGGGCGAGCCCCAGGCAUGGACAUCCCCUUCUCUGACCAUGAAGCUGUGAUGGCAACACUGCACAUCCAGAGGCAGGGACAGCCUGCAGGUGCCACCCUUGGCACAGCUGACCCAGCACUGGCAGAUGUGGUGACAGAGGCACGGACAGAGGUGGGCGCGGGGCUGCGGGCGGCGCGGCGGCAGCGCUACUCCUCGGGCAGGAUGGCCGUGCUGGCCCUGCUGCUGCUGCUGCUCCAGGCUGCAGCUGCACUGGCCACACUGGCAGGACUGGGCGCAGAGCAGCCCUUCCCCAAGCUCUCCUUCUGCCUGCUGGCCUUCCUCGCCCUCGGCGUCCUCGUCCUCGCCACCGGUCUCCACCUGUUUCACACCAUGGAGGUGAAGAUGCUGCACGGCACCGAGGACCAGAUGUGGAUGGUGCUGAGGGCCCUGCAGGAGCGUCCCAGCGAAGGCUGAGCUGAGGCUCUGGCUGUCCCACCAUGUCCCCCUUGGCCACACCAUGCCCCCUUUUUCAUCCUUGUUUUUAGCUGACUUCAGGACUUAGGCGAGCAGCACUGCAGCCAAUGCAGCAGUGCAGGUUUGGCAGCUGCCUCUGGGUGAAAUUGAGGUUUUUGGGGUAGAUUUAUUGCAUUCACCCCUGUGAGAACCACGAUGGAGGCAGAUUUUUAUUGCUGUCUUUUUAAAUACACUAUUUUGUACACAGAGGGACCCACUGGGCUGGCUGGAAGGCUUGAGACACUAAGGCUCCCCUUGCUUGGGAUGGCCUCAAAGUUUACACUGGUGGCUGUUCUAGCAGCCAGUCCUGACUGAUGGAAAAUAAAGGCAACAUUUUAACCUUUG